CUCUCUGGUUGAGGUUUUAUUACCAAAACGUUUGAAAAGCUAAACAGAAUUUAAGAGUACUGGUGAUGUGAGGAUUAAGCUGGUGAAGUCCUAGCCCGUGGAUGCUGCAUUAGCUGAGGUAGGUAAGAGCACUAAGUGCUACAGGGGACAACAUGGGACAUGGAUCCUCAUGGGUGGUUAUGGGUGUUGAGGUGUAAAUGUGAUAAAAAAGGAUCCUGUUUUUUUUGCACUGAAGUUGUCAUUUAAUUAUAUCAGAAGCCCAUCAUUCCGAAGCAUCCUUCCUACAUAUACUGUACGAGUUACAGCACAAAAGACCUGCAAUCAUUUUCCUUAAUCCUUUUGCUACAAAAUGUCCACAAAAUCUAAUACAAAUCGCGGUAGAUUUCUUAACUAGAAGCAGGAGCGGAUCUAGGGGAGGGUGCGCACCCCCCCACUGAGAUGAUCUGCGGUUUUCUAAUACAACUGGUAUUCUGCACAAAAAAAACUAUGUGGUUUAUUGGUGUUGAAGUAGAGCAAGAGACGAGUGCACCCCCUCCUAAAAAAAAUCCUGGAUCCGCCCCUGAGAAGAUCCUUGCUCUUCCAAGUUUAUAAUAAUAAUAAUAAUAAUAAUAUUUAUAGAGGGAGCCCAACUCGCCAAGGCGGUUUUCGGUGGGGCCCUCAUGCAUUAAUUUAACUAAUUGAUCAGUAAAAAACUUUAAAAUCUUAAAAUCGAUUAUUCAAAAAAUAUCAAGGUUUAAAAUUAGCUGAGAUCAAGUUUCCCCAACAAGAGAAACUCCUUUUCCUUGACAUUUGUGAUUUUUCGCCGUCAUUACCGGAAAUAACUCUCUGCUCUGAUUGGGUUUGAUUUGAUGUGAAAGGUGAUUAUGAAAAUAGCCUGAAAAGCUAAACGUGCUGGACCCACUCCUUUUGUUAGUUGGAUGUUCCGAGAUGAUGGGUUCGUCCUGGUAUGGUAUAAGUAGUGAGUUCACUUACCCCUUAGACAAGUACGCGUUAAGUACAGUUGUAACUAGUGAAAGACAUGCCAGUUGUGUACGCAGCUUAAGCAGUUACAAAAUAAAGCCUGAAAAACAAUAAGGUUUUUGCGGGAUUCGAAACCAUGGCCUUAGCGAUACCUGAAAGCAGUACUCUUAUCACUGAGCUAUCAUGCCAGCUGAAAGCUGAUGGUCCAUCCUCGGAGACCCAGGGGCAGUUAGUGGGGGCGAGGGAACGUCUAAACGGGUGGAAAAAUAUGACACGAAGGAAAGUAAAGAACGGCCAGAUGAGCCCCUGGGGACAGUGUCUUACCAGACCAGUUCCAAACGGUCGCCGCCGUUCUGGCUUCUGAUUGGGCAGAAAAACGCAAAUGUUUUCUGGCACCAAUCAGAAGGCAGAACGGUAAGACACUGUCCCCAGGGGCUCUUCUCGCCGUUCUUUACUUUUCUUCGUGCCAUAUUUUUGCAGCCGUUUAGACUUUCCCUCGCCCCCAGUAUCUGCCCCUGGGUCUCCGAGGAUGCUGAUGGUCACUCUCUCAGUUCGUAAUAUACCCGUAGAAGAUGAAGAUAUGAAAGUGAAUAGUGAGUGGCAGCUGACAUUUUAAUAACCCUUCAAUCCUCCAUUAACAUGUGCACAUGAUUUUCUUUUAAGGUGCCGGCCACUCGCUGGUCAUGGCAUCCGCUUCACAGCAGUCUCAGGAAGAAGACCUAGUUGAUGACUCCAAAAAAGUUAAAGUUACCAUUUUGGCUUCAGAAUGGGGGUCAAGCAAUGGAGGAAUUGGCACGUUAAGCAAAGAGUUGGCCGUACAGCUUGCCAAAUUUCCUGAGUCGGAAAUUACUACCUUUUUAGUAGGAUGCAGUGAAGAGGAUGAGAAGGAAGCCCUCAGGAACAACGUUAAAAUUGUUAAGGCGACAAGGUGUCCUGGCUUUGAUGAAUCAGUAUGGCUUAACUACCCUCCAGAACAUUUGGAGAUGGAUGUGGUCGUUGGUUACGGUGUGGAACUCGGCCGCCAUGCACAAGUCCUUAAAAAGUCCAAACAUUGCAAGUGGGUUCAAGUAGUACACAACGAUCCAGAGGAAAUAGAAAUCUUCAAAUCCCACAGUAACCAAACGGCAGAAGGUCAAGGAAGUCACAACAUUGAAGUAGAACUAUGUGAAAUAGCGGAUCUUGUUGUAGGGGUUGGACCCAAGUUGUGCGAGGCUUUUAGGUCAUAUCUCCGCAGCUGUCAGAAAGAUCACAAUGUCGUCGAAUUCACCCCAGGCAUUUUUCGUGAAUUUGCAACUGUAGAACAAAGUCCUCGCGAGAGGAAACCUCGCAAAGUCUUGGUGUUUGGUUGUGGAGAUGAAGACGACUUUUCUUUGGAAGGUUGGGACAUCGCAGGAAAAGCUGUCACUUUUCUGCAAGAGACUCGUCUGGUGUUUGCUGGGGUGCCAGAUGUUAUGCGCAACAAAAUUGCAGAAAAGUUGAAAAGAUGUGGUGUGUCUGCCAGAUUCUUUAGAGUAAGAGGCUGCAUACAAAAGCGGGUGGAUUUGAAACGCUUGUUUCAUGAGGUCGAUGUUGUGCUUUUGCCUUCAAGAGCUGAGGGCUUUGGGUUGACAGGUCUUGAGGCCCUGUCAGCUGGUCUUCCUUUGCUGGUCAGCAAGAACUCUGGUUUCGGAGAAGCCCUGAGUGAGGUACCAUUUGGUUCGUCAUAUGUGGUUGACUCUGAGGAUCCCCAGGUUUGGGCUGCAGCCAUUGAAAAUCUAUGGAAAAAGGACAGACAAGUUCGUCUUGAGGAGGCUAAAGCGUUGCGAAUUCGCUACGAGGAGAAACACAGUUGGACAAAACAAACCAGAAAUCUUCUGGAUAAGAUGAUCAGCAUGGCUCACGGUAUCAAUUUUAAAUUACUUUCAUAAAAAUUGUCUUGGAGAUUGGCUGUAAAUAAAAAGGAAACUCCAAUUAUAUUCGAAUCCACACCCCUACAGUGUUCUCUCUGGGAUUUUUGGAAGGCUAGGGGUAUUAACCCGUGCAAAGCCCUAAGAGGGUCUGCGUAGGGAUGCUAGGGGGUAUUCUGAUUGUGCUUCUACGAAGCCUGCUCUCUAGCCUGAGUAAAAAUUAGUAAAGACUUUGAAACUUACUCAUGGUGGAUCAAAACGUGAUUUUUGCUGUAUGGAAUAAUCUAUUUGGGGAGAUUUGGUGUCGUUUUAGGUAACUGAACUGCUUCAACCAAAUUUCCACCACUUUUUCUCGUUUUUUUUUUACCACUAAAUUUGCGUUGACAAGCUUUUUGUUGUCGUUCCGUACAUCUUUGCAUGGUUGACCGAGUUCUCGAUUUUGACUCUCCCUAAAAUACGAGUGAAGAAUUUCAUUCAGUACUUCAUCUAAGCCGAGUUCUUGAAUGGCCGCAUGUGGUGGCUGCCGUUUGCGUUCAGCAAAACCAAUUUAUCACAAGUUUGAAAAUAUUCAUCCAACGAUAAAUCACUUUUAUAAUCGAUUAAUUGCAAGAAAACACUCAGCAAAUACUGACAAACACCAGAAGAUGUUUCAUCAACUUUAUUGAGUGAUGUUGUUUUUGAAAUACCAACUUCUAGAUGUCACCAUGAGUUUCUGUUGGGUUAAAUCUUUGGUUUUUAGGCCAGGCGGCAGCCAUUUUGCAGUGAAUUAAGCCAGGCGGUCCGCCUAGCCUUAAAUACCUAGGGAGAACACCGCGGUUUUUCUGACCCUGAAGAAGGGUCAUAAACCCGAAACGUUCUUUUUUUAAAAAAAAUAUUUGACACUUGUAGUAUUCUUUACCGAAUAUCGCCUUAUCACUCCAAGAAAACCAGUUUAUUAACCAAUACUGUCAAGAUCAACCAUGAUUGAAUUAAUCGUGUGUAACAAACAUAAUAAAUGUUUUGGCAAAUUUAACCUCAAGGACUAAAAUAUUCUUUAAAACAGCACCUUAAAUUUGGGAAUAUCUGAAACAACAUAUGCAAUUAUCAGGGUUUCGAGAUUUUUUCACAAAUCUACCAGUCAAACCAGUAUUUAAGUAGAACUGUUCGUUUACGACACAAUGUCCGCACAGGGCGGGUAAUCAUUGCAGUAAACUUUUGCGCACAUGCACAUGUACACUAUUUGGUAAAUGGCAACGAUACACAACCAUAACAUUCCAAUCUGAUGAUUUUUGUUUUUAACCACGUUGCAUUUUCAGAGAACAUAACAUUCUUUAUUUCUUUCACAUUAGAUACCACGGAUAGUGCUACCCAUGUGCAGAAACCAGCUGUUGGCAAGAAGCGUAGGGCGGACUGUCUGGAAGACUCCCGGAGUUUUAUAGAGGAAACUUUGAGAUCUCUGAACUCACAUCAAGGCAACGUGCAGCAAGGGUUGACACAAAUGGAAGCUGAAAAAAAAAGUUCUGCUAUCCCUUGCAUUACUUAUGGUAAUAAAAACAUUAAUCUGUUGACUGUUUAAUAUUGAAGUAUCGAUUGGACUUCAACACGAACAAAGUCGCAGAACAGAUCCAAACCAACGCAGUGUUUAAUGUGUAGAAUUAAACAAUCAACUAUGUCUUUAAUUCCUACUGCAUAUUUUAAAUCUGCCACGCCCAGGUCUAGACACAAAUAGCCAGAUAUUUUUUUUAGAUAUUUAAAGGACUGUUAGAUUUUUUGAAAGUCUCAUGAGAUUUAGAAAAAAUGUAACACUUAAGGAAACAUUUUAGACUUUCUCUCAGCUAAUUCUUCCAUGGUCGAUACGACCAGUGAAGGCCUUCAAGGGGAUCUGUCAGGGGAAUUUUUGCCAUAAGUUUGUUUAAAUUGCCAAAAAAUACUUUUCCAUAUACACAGAAGAAAACGAGUUUUUAAAAAACAUGUCCGAGGCAACGUCAAAACCUGAAAUCAUAUUCCCACAAAUUUUUCACCUUUUAUAGUUUUUAGCACGUGAAUUGUUUAUUGCAUGCAUAAAUUUCUUUUCUACUGAGCUGGAACACUCCUUUAUGUUGCCAUGUUUCGUAAAUCCUCACCUUAUUACGUCUUUUAGUUCUCUUUUCAGGAUCGGCGUCUUGCCUUAUGCGUUAUUCGCAGAGGUGUUUUCUCAAUCGUGUUUUUUCUUAGGCAAAUUGAGAAAGAAAGCUACUUCAGUGCUAAUUAAAAAACGUGUUCGACCCAACGUCAAAACCUGAAAUGAUGUUCCCACAAAUUUUUGACCUCUUUUAGUUUUUAGUACAUGAAUUGUCUAAUUGCAUGCAUAAAUUUCUUUUCUACGGAGCUGGAACACUCCUUUAUGUUGCCAUGUUUUGUAAAUCCUCGCCUUCUUACGUCUUUUGUUUCUCUUUUCGGUAUCGGCGUCUUGCCUUAUGCGUUAUUUGCAGAGGUGUUUUUUCAAUCAUGUUUUCUCAGGCAAAUUGAGAAAAAAGCUACUUCAGUGCUACUUAGGGCGCGGGUAGUACAGUGACAGCUCCCCAUAUUGACCGGCAGUAAUCAGAUUAAGCAUUCUCCAUUUACUAUUUACUUAUGCAAGCGUUAGCCUGUUCAACAAAAUGGCGGAUGUUAAAAGGGCACAUGCAGUGAUUACUGUUCCAGAUAACGGACCUGGGGCCCGUUUCUCAAAAGUCCCGGUAACUUUACGGGCCCGAAAUCAAAUAUUCAAAUCGAAAUAUAGAGAAUAAGAGCGCGGGUCCUGGCUAGCAAACUACUCCAUUUUGUUUCAUUAACUGACAGUUUUAUCGGGUUAGAUGCAAAACUAUUGAAACCUCGAUCUUUAAUGUAAACGGAGACAGCUUACCGGGCCCGUUAAUUAUCGGGACUUUCGAGAAACGGGCCCCAGAACUUCAAUCUGAGUCACACUAUGACGCCAUUUUAAAAGACAGGCUACUUUUUGAGUUUAAUACUGAUGUUUAUGAAAACAAAGGCAAAUAUUUAGGAGAUAUUUUGAAUGUUUUCGAGUUUUUAAGAGAAAAAUUAGAAGUUAAAAAAAGACAUUGGGAAUUUACGGAAACAUAUUCAGGCGAUUUGUUUGGGACAUUUGUGUUUAGGCCUAGCCACGCUCUUUUUCAUUACAUUUACACCAUUUCCUGUUGUACGGCUUUGUUUAGAUAGGAAAAAGCUUAAACAAAACUAAACAGGAGAAAAGGCUCCUCUUUAACUUCACAAAGUGUAUCACCAGCUAAUCAAUUCUUUUUUAAUGCAGAGAUUGCCAACUGUGAAGGAGACAUCGAAUUUUUUGCCGAGCGCCAGGAUAAAGAUACUAGGCAGUGGCUGUUUCAGGAUUUUGACGACUGGUUCAGUAAUCCACGAGAAAACUCCAAAGCCUAUUUUCUUCUUGGUGAUGCAGGAGUAGGCAAAAGUGUCAUGGCUGGAGCUCUAGCAAAGCGGAUGAGGGAAGCGGGAAAUUUAGGGGCAGCUUAUUUUUGCCGUUAUAAUGACCGUACUAGGAAUGAUCCCAGAAAUCUUCUUGGGACCAUAGCUUGUCAACUCUGUGAUUGCAUCAGUGAGUACAAUCAUAUAAUGGGGGGGAAGGAUGGGGUAAGAAUAAUGUUAGCUAAUUCUAAUUUAGGGGUUCUGGAACUAUGUACGAAAUUAUUAGAAGAGCCACUAGGUAAGUGCCGCCAAAUUUUGCAGCGUAAAUUAGUAAUCAUUGAUGCUCUGGACGAGACCGAUUAUAAGUCCAGGGAUGAUUUUCUUUGUCUUAUAAGAGAGCGUUUCCCCCGGUUGCCCCAAGGGAUUUAUUUUUUUAUCACCAGUCGCCCUGAAGACACGGUGCAAAGCGGAUUGGAGGGGUACAACCCUUGUGUUAGGAUUUGUACAGGGAACAGUGGGCAGAACAGCUUCUAUCAGCUACACGAACAGGAUAUUCAGCGGUUUUUAGAAAAGCGAGUAGACUUCUCCAAUCAUUCAUUCUCAGCGGAAGACGUCACGAAAAUGUGUAAUGGGCUGUUCCUAUGUGCGCUCUACAUUUCGCAGUUACUCAACGAUUCUUCACACUCAAGGCGUCUUCCUUCGGGUGACCUUGGAAAUUUUAUUAGGACGAAUUUACAGCGUCUUUACGAUAAAUUGGGGGAAAAUCUGUAUAGGAAGUUACUGGGCUGCAUUUUAGCUGCACCACACCCUCUCCCCGUAUCGUUUAUUUCUUAUGUUAUUGAAAAAGAAGAUUCAAAUAUUAACGAGCAGGAGAUAAUCGAUGCCCUUUCUCACUUUGUUGUGCUGGCAGAGACGGCUACUUUUCUUCACCGUCUGAUUCCGAAAUGGCUGACAAACAAGAGAGAGGCUCGAAAGUUGUAUAUUGAUGAUGAAUGGGCUUUUGACUACUUCAUAACAAUUUUUUACGACAUGCUUUCCUCUGAAGACAUAUCGCGACGAAAGAACGCGAAGCUGCUCAGCGAUCUCAAAGCUAGUUAUUUGAGCUGGAAAAGGAAAAGGACCCGUUAAGGUUUGUUGGUCGCUUAACAAUUGUCUUUUUUUUCGGAAAAUAGAUUCGGAGUAGGGGAAUAGAAUCCGCAUAACGUACUCUCAGCCAUCUAGUGAUAAGGUGGUAGGGUUGUUUUAUCGAGACCUCUUUUUUUUUUCCGAUAAGAGACUACCCAUGUCAGACUAAACCUAUUUUUUAGUAUCUAUGGAAGAUUUCAGAAAAGUGUCAAUCCAUUCUGUACAUAAAAGAAGACAGUUUUUCCAUAUUUUUUAUCUUUUGUCUUCUAUAAACCCUGUUGUGGCGUGAGACACCUCGAACUAGUAUUUAUCGUUAGUUGCCUGCUAUACAUGUAUUAUAGUUUUGCUAUAAUAUUUUUAUGCGGGUUGUGUAACCGUAAGUAUUCUUAUAAUUUUCAAGCUUUAUUACCGGCCUUUUUUACGAAAAGGCCGUAAAAGAGAUUUUUUAGCUGUAGCUGUACGUCAAGUGGCUACUUGAAAGGUUUGAUUUGGAUUUAGACUUCUCAAUGUAUUUUUGUACAUAGAUAUUUAUGUUGUGUAUAGUAGGUGAACGGAAAAAUUUGUCUGAGAUACGUACGUGACUCGUGCAACAAGAUACCUCAUGGAAAUUAAAUAAACAAAAUAUCACAAAACAGUGAAAAAUUAUCAUAAAUGAUCGUAAGAAUAGACGUUUCGAAUUUAUAACCCUUAAUUGUAGGAGUCAUCUUAUCUUUUAUAUAGGGAGCUGAAGUAAGAGUCUUGGUUUGAUUGAUCGUUUUCUGGAAUAGGAAUGCACAGGAAGAUUGUUACAAAUUCCUUUCGUCGGUUUUUCGUAAACAAAUGACAAACGCGCCGGUUGCUUUGAGUUACAUUAUGAGCGCGCGCGAAUUACAGGAGUGAAGUGCUGGAGAAGUAUUUCCAUGCCACAGGUUUAGAAAACUAUCUCCGUAGUUUAUUCCAUGUAUUCUUACGGUAGGAAGAUGGUGCAUCGAACCUUAGUAACCUUUAAUAGUCCUUCGUCAUUGUAGCUGUGUUUCGUAAACAUGCAGAAAUAAACUUUGAUGUGC